CCUCCUCUUCUCCCCUAUAAAUCACCACCUCCAUCCACAUUUGCCUCCUCAGUCCACCCUUUUCACCUCCUCCUCCUUCCUCCUCCUAUCACCACCACCAAUUUCUAGGCUUCCCCUUCAUCUUUAGUGACAAAAUAUACCAUAAAAAACACAUUUUUUUUUAAUUCUUGAAAAAUGAAUGUAAAUUUCAGAAUUCAUACUUCAGCUGAGAAAACAAUGACAAUUGCACAAAGCCCAUCAGUGGCAUCGACCCCGGCGACGCGGUCACCAUGGCACUCGCCGGUGCCAUACCUCUUUGGAGGACUAGCAGCCAUGUUGGGACUCAUAGCUUUUGCUCUUUUAAUUCUGGCUUGCUCAUACUGGAGACUCUCGGGAUAUCUCGAAGGCGGUGCAAACAAUGAAAGAGACCUUGAGGCUGGUGAGUCCAAUGAAGAUGGUUCCGAUGGUGAUUUGAAAAAACCAGGUGUACGAGUUUUUGAAGAGAAGUUUCUUGUGAUCAUGCCUGGCCAAGAGAAGCCUACUUGGUUGGCUACACCAAUGUCUAGUAGAGCAUCAUCUUUUGGUACUACUAGUAAUAGCUCCUGUAGCAGUGAAAGCAGUGAAAAAUCAGGACGAGAAAGUGAGGAAAAGAAGCAAGAAAUUGGGCUCAGCCAGGUGGAAUUGACCAACAUGGAUGCUGAUCAUCAUGCUGAGACUACAAAUCAGGACCAUCAGGUCUAGUAGUCUACUUUCUUUUCACCAAAAAAAAAAAAAAGUCCAUAUGAAUUCUUCUGGAUUUUGGUAUUUUGGACUAGAUUAAUCUUUCUUACACCAUCACUUUGAGAGCUGCUGAUGCGAAAGCUUUUCAAGAAAUGACACAAAUGAGUAGUUCGGGUUGCUGAAGAGUUCUGGAAAAUGCCAAAUAUCACUCAAAGAAUCUUGAAAGUAAGAAGAAAAGAAAAGUUUUCAGUUGAGAACUGAUUUUCUAAGGUUUGGACUCCUAGAAUUGGUAUCGGUUCUGUUUGGAUUGAACCCUUUUUGUGGGGUGUGGUUAUUAUUUUCUAGUAGUAGUUGAUAAGGUUUCCAUUUUGUUAAAGAUUCCCGGAAAUGUAUAUAUUUCUUGAGAUGAACGGCAAUAUAGAACUUCCAUUUUCCAUACA